AAAAAAAAAAUGGUCUCGGUUUUCCCCUAUGCCUUUCCUAUAAAAUGCUUAGUGUGUGUGUUUCAGUGUUUGUGUCUCGGUCUGUGUGUGUUUAGGUGUGUGUCUCAGUGUGUGUGUGUAUAGGUGUGUGUGUGUGUGUAUAGGUGUGUGUGUGUAUAGAGGUGUGUGUGUCUCAGUGUGUGUGUGUGUGUGUCUCAGUGUCUCAGUGUGAGUGUUUGUGUCUCUGUGUGUGUCUCUGUGUGUGUCUCGGUGUGUGUGUGUGUUUGUGUGUGUGUCUCUAUGUGUGUGUCUCAGUGUGAAUGUGUGUGUGUCUCUGUGUGUCUCGGUGUGUGUGUCUCGGUGUAUAGGUGUGUGUGUGUAUAGGUGUGUGUGUGUCUCGGUGUGUGUCUCGGUGUGUGUGUGUGUGUGUCUCGGUGUGUGUCUCGGUGUGUGUGUCUCGGUGUAUAGGUGUGUGUGUGUGUCUCGGUGUGUGUCUCGGUGUGUGUGUGUGUGUGUCUCGGUGUGUGUCUCGGUGUGUGUGUGUCUCGGUGUGUGUGUGUCUCGGUGUGUGUGUGUGUAUAGGUGUGUGUGUGUGUGUCUCGGUGUGUGUAUAGGUGUGUGUGUGUGUCUCGGUGUGUGUGUGUGUCUGGGUGUGUGUGUUAUGCUUUGGGAUCUUGUGAUGAAAGGCUCUAUAGAAACAUGAAUGAUAUCAACUGAUCAUUUUCUCUGGAGUUAUUAAACAAUAAAUGCAUUGAAAUGCUUACCUGAAAAAACAGUAAAUUGUAGAAUAUUUCUUUUUUUGUGUCCAGCAUCUGUGAAUUAUCAAAACAAAAUAGUUAGUCUCUGAAUUGACACUGAAGACCCUGAGAGACUUGCUUCUAGUUGAAUACUUGAGUUUUUUAGUACAGGGUUAGUAUUCAGGUACAUCACCACGCUCACAGUCUGUAUUGAAGUGAGGUUUGUUUUCAUGAGAAUGUCUCUCUGUAUUCAUAAUGUAUUGAGUCGCUUUUCUAAUAUUUUUCAGUAUUUUGUUAUUUUGAUUAUUCUAUUGGGUGGUCAAAUCACUUUGGGGGUUCUCAUCUACACACAGAAGAAUCUGGUCAAUUUGAAGAUUAAAGAUUUGGUCCUGGAGAUCAUUGAAAACUACCAGACUGGAAAUAAAUCGAUUGAAGAUCUGGAUAUCGUACAGCAAAAACUCCAGUGUUGCGGCUGGACCUCCUAUGAAGACUGGAAUAAGAACCCCAAAAUGAAGGAGGAUCCCAGCUUGUACCCCUGUUCAUGUUACCAGCCGGACCCCACAUCACCACCUCCCCAGUGCAACCAGUCCAACUCCAGUCUAGAUCCAGUGAACGAAACAGAAGCCAUUCUCGACUCCAUCGCUACAGGCCAGUACAACCAGUCCUAUCUCACAGGAGAACCAGCGUCUGAACCAGAAACCACCACUGACUCCAUCUCUACAGGCCAGUACAACCAGUCCUAUCUCGCAGGAGAACCAGCGUCCGAACCAAAAACCACCACCAACUCCCUCUCCACAGGCCAGUGCAACCAGUCUCUCGUCGAGACAAAGGAGCCUUUUCAAACCCAGUCUAACACCACCGGUUUCUGUCUGGCGCCCCCUGGUGGUUCACCCCCAGUUUUCUCCGAGGGUUGUCGAAUUAUCCUUCAGUCCUGGAUUCAUGAAAACCUUCGUUUUAUUUGGGGUGUCUGUGUUGGGAUCGCUGCUUUAGAACUCUUUGGUAUGAUCCUCUCGAUGUAUCUGUGUAGUCGGCUGGGAAAGAAUUACAACAAGCUGAUUCGCUACUCCUGAACUGCGACCCCUCGGAUACUGCGACGCCAUUGGACCAAAUCUUCAACUCUUCUCAAGAGCGGUUUAAUGAAAUAAAAAUGAAAUAUAAAUUAUAUAUAUAUAUAUAUAUAUAUAUAUAUAUAUAUAUAUAUAUAUAUAUAUAUAUAUAUAAUGAUUAUGUUUCAAAUGGGAUUUUUGUGAACUGUUUAUCAGAAUAUGUUACAGCUUCAAGUGACGUUUUCUUAAUUCAGAACCAUUUGAAUCGUUCUUGGUGGUUCGUAUUUAAAUUGCUCAAAUAUUGUAGCGUGUUAUUUUAUUUUUAUAUAUAUAUUUUUUUUUCAUAAUGAAUCUUUCUACUUUGGGACCAGUUUAGUUUCGCUGGCAGUACGCUGUCUGUGCACUGGAUGGCGCUAUCAUGAAUAUCACGUGUUUUGCGAUUUCUAUAAUAGUGUUUUAGACUCUGCGUUGCUUUGACUGUGAGUUCAGGAGCUGCUCUUCAGUCACACAGGCUGGAUCAGACAGUGUCUUUAUAAUAGCAGCAUGUGGAGUAGCGGUCAGGGCUCUGGACUCUUGACCGGAGGGUCGUGGGUUCAAUCCCAGGUGGGGGGACACUGCUGCUGUACCCUUGGGCAAGGUACUUUACCUAGAUUGCUCCAGUAAAAACCCAACUGUAUAAAUGGGGAAUUGUAUGUAAAAAUAAUGUGAUAUCUUGUAACAAUUGUAAGUCGCCCUGGAUAAGGGCGUCUGCUAAGAAAUAAAUAAUAAUAUUUAGCGCCAUCUACUGUACACAUGUAUUAAAAUAAUUGGCAUCUGUCAUUUGAAGCUGUUUAGUGAUACAGUUUGUAUUGGGUGAAGUGCGACAGAUUUUAAUUGGUUCUUAAAAAAGAACCCCCGUCUGAAAUCAAACUUCAUUUGAAUCUUUUUUUUUUUUUGGUAACGGUACAGUCUUGUGUUAACUUGCAGUGUAUUGAGUCGUGUGUUUCUCUGAUGCGAGUGACGAAGGAGUCGCUGGAAUGCGUGUCUCUGUUUGAGUGCUUUUCAAGUUAUGAUUGAUUGUUUGUUUAUUUAUUGUCGAGAUUGUGGUUCUGUAAUAUUUUAUACUUUUGUUUAAAAUGUCAUUAAACUUUAACCACUAGAGCCUCCCUCCCUCCCUCCCUCCCAGUCCCUCCUCAGCUCUAACCAGUAGAGCCUCCCUCCCUCCCUCCCAGUCCCUCCUGAGCUCAAACCACUAGAGCCAGCCUCCCUCCCUCCCAGUCCCUCCUGAGCUCAAACCACUAGAGCCAGCCUCCCUCCCAGUCCCUCCUCAACUCUAACCACUAGAGCCAGCCUCCCUCCCAGUCCCUCCUCAACUCUAACCACUAGAGCCAGCCUCCCUCCCUCCCUCCCAGUCCCUCCUCGGCUCUAACCACUAGAGCCAGCCUCCCUCCCUCCCUCCCUCCCAGUCCCUCCUGAGCUCAAACCACUAGAGCCAGCCUCCCUCCCUCCCAGUCCCUCCUCAGCUCUAACCACUAGAGCCAGCCUCCCUCCCUCCCAGUCCCUCCUCAGCUCUAACCACUAGAGUCAGCCUCCCUCCCUCCCUCCCAGUCCCUCCUCAGCUCGAACCACUAGAGCCAGCCUCCCUCCCUCCCUCCCAGUCCCUCCUCAGCUCUAACCACUAGAGCCUCCCUCCCUCCCAGUCCCUCCUCAGCUCUAACCACUAGAGCCAGCCUCCCUCCCUCCCAGUCCCUCCUCAGCUCUAACCACUAGAGCCAGCCUCCCUCCCUUCCUCCCAGUCCCUCCUCAGCUCUAACCACUAGAGCCAGCCUCCCUCUCUCCCUCCCAGUCCCUCCUCAGCUCUAACCACUAGAGCCAGCCUCCCUCCCUCCCAGUCCCUCCUCAGCUCUAACCACUAGAGCCAGCCUCCCUCCCUCCCAGUCCCUCCUCAGCUCUAACCACUAGAGCCAGCCUCCCUCCCUUCCUCCCAGUCCCUCCUCAGGUCUAACCACUAGAGCCAGCCUCCCUCCCUCCCUCCCAGUCCCUCCUCAGCUCUAACCACUAGAGCCAGCCUCCCUCCCUCCCAGUCCCUCCUCAGCUCUAACCACUAGAGCCAGCCUCCCUCCCUCCCAGUCCCUCCUCAGCUCUAACCACUAGAGCCAGCCUCCCUCUCUCCCUCCCAGUCCCUCCUCAGCUCUAACCAGUAGAGCCAGCCUCACUCCCUCCCAGUCUCUCCUCAGCUUGAACCACUAGAGCCAGCCUCCCUCCCAGUCCCUCCUCAGCUCUAACCACUAGAGCCAGCCUCCCUCCCUCCCAGUCCCUCCUCAGCUCUAACCACUAGAGCCAGCCUCCCUCCCUCCCAGUCCCUCCUCAGCUCUAACCACUAGAGCCUCCCUCCCAGUCCCUCCUCAGCUCUAACCACUAGAGCCUCCCUCCCUCCCUCCCAGUCCCUCCUCAGCUCUAACCACUAGAGUCAGCCUCCCUCCCUCCCUCCCAGUCCCUCCUCAGCUCUAACCACUAGAGUCAGCCUCCCUCCCAGUCAAUUCCCAGAAUUAUUUAUGUAUAUUUUUUGUAAUGUAAAUUAUAUAUUUUUUUAAUUCUCAUUUUCCAGGCUGUAAAACCGUUUUUGUCUCCUUUUUUCCCAUCUUUCAAGAGACCCUCAUUUU